AUGCCCCGCGAUCUGCCAGACUUCUCGGGGGACCCGGAGGAAUGGCCUCUGUUCUAUAACAGCUAUGAGAAUUCGACGGCCGCUUGUGGAUACACAGUUACAGAGAACUUGGCACGAUUACAACGAUGCCUUAAAGGGAACGCCUUGAAGUCCGUAAGAUACUACCUGCUGGCACCGGAGAAUGUUCCGGAGGUGAUGAGAACUUUACAAACCUUGUACGGGCGCCCCGAAAUCAUUAUCAAUAAGCUGAUAAAAAACGUGCGAGAGUGUCCUACUCCGAAGACUGAAAAACUCGAAACUCUAAUGGAAUUUGGCAUAACGGUGAGAAACCUAGUCCAACACCUCAUCGCAACAGGACAGCGAGCUCACCUUUCAAAUCCAAUACUGCUCUAUGAGGUUGUCGAGAAGCUUCCUUCCAGCUUUAAGAUGCAGUGGGCAGAAAAACUAAUUGCGUGUCCCAAUGCGGACUUGGGAGCGUUCAGUGAUUUUAUGUCACACGUGAUAGAAUCCGUCAGCAAAGUGUGCUCGUACGUAGAGCCACUUCCAACCAGAGUUGAUCGACAUAAAAAUAAAGAAUAUUUCAAUGCCCACGUGGAAACUAGAAACGAAGGUGGAAAUAGGGUGACGACAGCAGAAAAAAGGCAGUGUCUCAUUUGCACGAAAGAGCACCGGAUUCAGGACUGUUCCGAGUUCAAAAAUAGUGACAUCGAGAGCCGCUGGAAGUUUGUGCGCACACUAAAGCUAUGCCGAUCAUGCCUGAAUCCUCAUGGUCGUCGACCUUGUCGGAAGACCAACCGAUGUGGGGUUGACGGGUGCCAAUUUCGGCAUCAUCCAAUGCUACAUUCGUCAUACCCAUGUAGUAGCACGUCGGUUAACAAUGCGAAUCUGACGUACCACCAUUGCGGACAAUCGGUUCUGUACCGAAUCGUGCCGGUGACAGUGUACGGGGUCUCUUGUUCCCUCAACACUUUUGCCUUUUUGGAUGAAGGUUCAUCGACAACCUUAGUUGAGUCUAGUCUCACUAAACAGCUGGGGUUGAAGGGUCCACAGAUACCUCUCUGUUUGCAGUGGACCGCCAACAUGUCUCGGGUCGAAAAUAUGUCGCAGGUGAUUUCGGUGGAACUCUCCGGGGUCGGGAAAAAGACUCGGUAUACUUUGGAAAACGCGCGGACGGUGGAUCAUCUAAACCUUCCACAGCAGACGUUAAGGAUUGAAACUCUGCAAAACCAGUUUCAACAUCUAAUAGGCUUACCGGUACAGAGCUAUGAAAAUGCGGUUCCACAGAUACUGAUCGGGCUCCACGAUCUAUCUUUGGCUGUCCCACUGAAGGUCAGGGAAGGUAAUAGAGGACCCAUAGCUGCCAAGACACGCUUGGGUUGGUGCAUUUACGGCCAUCUAGUCGGCGGUCAAAACGUGGAGCAACUGAAUUAUCACGUGUGCGACUGUUCAGCCAUCGUUAAGCUGGACACUAUAGUACGUGACUACUUCAACCAGGAGGACACCGGUGUGACGCAUAAGCCGAUGGAAUCCGCAGAAAAUCAACGAGCCAGGGAUUUGCUUCAGCGAACAACGUGUAAAAUUAACGGUAGAUUCAGCACGGGCUUACUCUGGAAAUACGACCACUUCGAGCUCCCAGACAGUUACGGAAUGGCAUUUCGACGGCUCGAAUGCUUGGAGAGACGCAUGAAGCGCGACCCUGCCUUAGGAGACAGUGUUCAUCGUCAGUUGCGCGAAUAUCAAGAAAAGGGGUAUGCUCAUCGCGCCACGCAAGAGGAGCUGGAAUCAGCAGACCCUCGCCGAAUCUGGUACCUUCCUUUAGGGGCCAUCACAAAUCCGAGGAAACCGGGAAAGGUACGUUUGAUUUGGGACGCUGCUGCCGUGGUCGACGGUAUAUCAUUGAACACACUUCUGCUCCCCGGGCCGGAUAUGCUAACUCCCUUGUCGUCGGUACUUUUCCGAUUCCGACAGUUUCCCUUUGCCGUGUCAAGCGACAUUGCGGAAAUGUUUCAUCAAAUUAAAGUAAUAGAAUGUGACCGCCAUGCGCAGCGAUUUUUGUGGCGUGAUAAUCCUGAGGAUCCACCACAAAUUUUUCUAAUGGAUGUGCUAACUUUCGGUGCAACUAGUUCACCGACAUCCGCGCAAUACACGAAAAAUAGAAACGCAGAAGAAUUUGCGGAACGACAUCCAAGAGCCGCAGAUGGUAUCUUGAGAAGUCACUAUGUCGACAACUUUCUUGACAGCUUUGCGACGGUCGACGAAGCAAAAUCGGUUUCCAGUGAAGUGCGCUGGAUUCAUGCUAAGGGUGGAUUCUUUAUUCGCGACUGGGUUUCCAACAGCCAGGAAGUCAUCAGUUUCUUGGGCGAGGAACCGAAGGAAGAAACACUAGACCUUAUCCAGACUAAAGGCGCUGACGCUGAGCGUGUGCUGGGCAUGCUUUGGCAUCAUAAGAGUGACGCGUUAACCUUUUCCGUAUCGUUUAGCGAGGAAAUACAAUUUCUUUUAGACACCGGCGUACGGCCUACUAAGAGGCAAGUCUUGAAAUGCAUUAUGUCUCUUAUCGACCCACUGGGGCUACUGACUAACUUUCUGAUCCACGGUAAGAUCCUUAUGCAAGAAGUCUGGAAAACCGGAAUAAAAUGGGAUGAUCGCAUCGACGAACGACUUUUCGAACUAUGGAAGAGGUGGACAAAUUUGUUUGAUAAUGUGAACGACAUACAGAUCCCAAGAUGCUACUUCUCAGAGGCGAACCGAUCUCUCUACAAUUCCGUAGAGGCCCACGUAUUCUGCGAUGCGAGCGAAGAGGCGUACUCAGCAGUAGUCUACUUCCGCAUAACUAGACCCGAUGGGACACCACAGUGCGCAUUGGUGGCGGCUAAGGCAAAGGUGGCGCCGUUAAAAUACGUUUCCAUCCCUCGUUUAGAAUUAAUGGCUGCUGUUUUAGGUGUUCGUCUGCUAUCAUUCAUUACCGAAGGUCAUACAAUAUCGAUCACGCGCAGAUAUCUCUGGUCCGAUUCGAACACGGUAUUGGCGUGGAUAUAUUCGAAGCACCGCAGGUACAGGCAAUUCGUUGCCUGCCGCGUUGGUGAGAUAUUAACGUCAACCAGCGAAAGUGAGUGGCUCUGGGUACCGAGUGCAAUGAACGUGGCAGAUGAGGCAACAAAAUGGACGAAAGGACUCCAAUUUGAUUCGUCCAGCAGAUGGUACCAAGGUCCAGAUUUCCUCCACCUGGGUAAGGAUCAAUGGCCUACUUCUAAGCAUCCAAUGCCAACCACCGAUGAGGAAGUCCGUCCAUGCUAUCUUCACCAAAUGACCGGCUAUGCUCCAUUGGUGGUAUAUGAACGUUUCUCUCGAUGGAGUCGCAUGGCGAGAGUCAUGGCCUACGUCACGAAAUACCUACGCUUACGAAAACGUGGAACAGGGAGCCGAUUUUUGACGCAGGAAGAACUCCGGGCUGCAGAGAUAACGAUUUGGAGACAAGUUCAGGCUGAGACCUAUCCGGAUGAAGUGGCGGUUCUACAAAAGAAUAAACAUCUACCGCUAGGGGAGUUACUGGCAAUACCAAAAUCAAGCACUCUCUAUAAGUUGACCCCAGUUCUAGACGACGAAGGAAUUCUGCGUAUUGACGGGCGCAUUGGAGUCGCAAAACAAAUCGCGGAUCAGGCAAAGUAUCCGGUGAUACUUUCAAAGGGUCAUCGGGUGUCAUUUCUGAUUAUCGAGGAUUACCAUCGCAAAUAUCUCCAUGGAAAUUCAGAAACCAUUGUCAACGAAAUACGCCAGCUGUAUUACAUACCCCAGCUGCGUGUACUCGUCAGAAAAGUAGCGCGGCAUUGUCAGUGGUGUAAGGUAUAUAAAUCCCACCCAGUUACACCAAAGAUGGCACCACUUCCCGUUGCGCGACUUUCACCCUUCGUUCGACCCUUCAGCUACACCGGAUUGGACUAUUUCGGUCCAAUACCAGUGAAAGUUCUACGUUCAACCGUUAAACGUUACGUCGCAUUGUUCACUUGUCUAACGAUCAGGGCGGUACAUGUCGAAGUGGCUCAUGAUCUUUCUACAGAGUCGUGCAUUGACGCCAUUCGUCGCUUCGUGUGUCGACGGGGAGCACCACUUGAGAUCCACUCCGAUAACGGCCGGAAUUUCUGCGGAGCGAAUAACGUGCUAAGAGAGCAAAUCAAACAUGCUGAAACGGUAGCGGCUUCAACCUUUACCAACGCGUUAACAAAAUGGGUAUUCAUCCCGCCGUCGGCCCCCAGUAUGGGGGGCAGCUGGGAGCGUUUAGUUCGUUCCGUGAAGGUGGCAAUGGCUGGAUUGACGCAAAACAGGAAGCUAAGUGACGAAGGCCUUCUAACGCUCGUAAUAGAAGCCGAAUCUAUCGUAAACAGCAGACCAUUGACCUACCUACCGUUAGAUUCGGAAGAGCAGGAUGCGUUGACACCGAACCAUUUCCUGCUCGGCAGCAGUAGUGGCGUCAAACAACCACCCGUCCACAUACCGGAUGCUGCAACAUUAGCUCACAACUCCUGGAAUCUAAUGCAGCAAAAUCUGAAUCACUUCUGGUCCCGGUGGAUACGAGAGUAUCUACCAACCCUCACCAGACGAACUAAAUGGUUUGGAGAAACCAAGGCGGUCGAGCCUGGUGAUCUGGUCGUUAUUAUCGAUGAAAACAGAAGGAACGGCUGGAUUCGCGGUCGAAUCUUACAGGUGAUCGUUGGUCGAGAUGGGCGCGUUCGACAAGCCGUAGUACAGACGGCAGGUGGUUUGUACCGUCGACCCGUAUCGAAGCUGGCGGUAUUGGACGUAAAAGGUAAUUGUAAAGCUAAGUCUGCGACUGAUCUUUACGGGCGGGGGGAUGUUGCCGCAGGGGCACAAUCACUGGCAGCCCUAUCUACAACUGAUGUAACGCCAACUAACAUCACUAUCAAGAUCAAAUAA